AUGUCAGUUCAGUUGCUAGGAAACAAGAAGGAGGAAGACAACAGUCAGAGGCAGAAAAUCUGGGUUGGGUCGACAGAGAGAGGAAGAGGAGGAGAUCUGGACCUGAGAGAGAACAAGCUGCAGGAUUCAGGAGUGGAGCUGCUGAGAGAUCUUCUGGAGAGUCCAGACUGCAGACUGGAGACUCUCAGGAUCAAUGACGAGCCAAUCAGAGCCAAGAUACAGAAGAACUGUGACUCCGAUGUGGAACAGGAAGUGAAGACAGACAGAAAGGCUCCUGAAUCCUUCUCACCUGAACACACAACUGAGUCUUCAUACAGGUUCAGGUGUCCUGGUCCAGGUAUGUUCCAGUGUGCUUCGACUGGCCUGGUGUUCGUCAUGGCUCAGAAGGCGGAGCUUCUGUACAGGGCGGCCACUUGGGAUGAGAGCCUCCUCCAAUCAGCUGGCAAGCAGGCAGCAGGGCCGCUGUUCGACGUGAAGAGUUCUGAUGAAGCUGCCGUCUGCCAGCUCCACCUGCCACACAGCGAGACAGAGGAUGCGCUGCUCCUGGACGGCCUGUUGUCUGUCGUCCACAUCACUGAUGAAGGCCUGAGCAUCUUGGAGCCGCUGGAGGUCACACACACUCACGUGGUGGUGAAGGUGCUUCACCUCUCUCCUUUGGCCUUAUCAUCGAUAAAUUGA